UCAAGAAUUUGUUUGAAAUCCUGCUUGGAUCUCAUAUAAAUUAUAUGAAUUUUAAAUGCUCUCCCUUUCAAAUCCUUAAUAUACCAUCUCUAAUCUUUUGCUUGGACCCAGGAUUAAGGAUACAAAUGUGGAUUUGGAGCUAAUCCAGCCCCAAUUUAGAAGUCCCAAUUCCAGAGGUUUUCAAUAAACAAUUUUGGACACCAUAGCUGCAAUUCUCUCUGGGCAAGCUUCGCGCUCCUCCUCCUUUGAUACUCUCACAGGAUUCAAAUCCUAUGCAUCAUUUGGGAAUUAUUUAGAAGGUUUGAGGGUCUGAUUUCGUGGGAAAAAGAGCAGUAGAAGAGAUUCCUUUAUUGAAAGUAGAGUUGACUGCCAAUUACUGUCUUUUUUUAUAACCGGAGUCAACUAUAUACAAGUUGUUGUCGAUAGAAGGUCUCAAUAGUCAAUGGCUGCUUCAGAGGAGAAUAGCGCAUUGUUUCCGAUUUUCAUUCUAACAAUAAUGGCCUUGCCAUUGGUGCCUUAUACAAUUCUGAAGUUAUGCCGAGCUGCCUCAAAGAAAACAAAGAGUAUACACUGCCAUUGCUCUGAAUGUUCUCGUUCUGGGAAGUACCGCAAAUCGAUAUUUAAGCGGAUUUCAAACUUCUCAACUUGUAGUAACCUCACCCUGAUAUUGCUUUGGGUCAUAAUGAUUGUCCUGGUUUAUUACAUUAAAAAUAUGAGUCGCGAGAUUCAAGUUUUUGAGCCUUUCAGCAUUCUUGGAUUGGAACCUGGGGCUUCCGAAUCAGAAAUAAAGAAAGCAUAUAGAAGAAUAUCUAUUCAAUACCAUCCUGAUAAAAACCCUGAUCCAGAGGCACACAAGUAUUUUGUGGAUUUUAUAUCAAAGGCUUAUCAGGCACUGACAGAUCCAAUAUCACGUGAGAAUUUUGAGAAAUAUGGCCAUCCAGAUGGCAGGCAGGGUUUUCAAAUGGGCAUAGCUCUCCCUAAGUUCUUGCUAGAUAUUGAUGGGGCGUCUGGUGGAAUACUUCUCCUUUGGAUAGUUGGUGUGUGUAUUCUGUUGCCUUUAGUGAUAGCUGUUGUCUAUCUCUCGAGGUCUUCCAAAUAUACAGGAAACUAUGUGAUGCAUCAAACGCUGACAGCAUAUUAUUACUUGAUGAAACCUUCUUUGGCCCCAAGCAAGGUUAUGGACGUCUUUAUAAAGGCUGCUGAAUAUAUGGAAAUUCCAGUUCGUAGGACUGAUAAUGAGCCCCUCCAGAAGUUAUUCAUGUUGGUCAGGAGUGAAUUGAAUCUGGACCUUAAAAACAUUAAGCAAGAGCAAGCCAAGUUUUGGAAGCAGCAUCCAUCACUAGUUAAGACAGAAUUGUUACUUCAGGCUCAAUUAACUCGUGAAUCAGCAGCCUUGCCUCCAUCUUUGCAAGGUGAUUUCAGACGGGUACUAGAACUUGCACCUCGCCUUCUUGAAGAAUUAAUGAAGAUGGCACUUAUACCGCGCACAGCACAGGGGCAUGGAUGGCUGAGGCCUGCAAUUGGUGUAGUGGAGCUUUCUCAAUGUACCAUUCAGGCUGUUCCUCUCAGUUCAAGGAAGGCAAUUGGAGGGUCUUCUGAAGGCAUUGCACCCUUUCUGCAGCUGCCGCAUUUCAGUGAAGCUGUUAUAAAAAAGAUAGCCCGCAAAAAGGUGAGAACGUUUCAGGAGCUUCAGGACAUGAGUUUGCAUGAACGUGCUGAGCUGCUUGCUCAGGUAGCUGGAUUCUCGCCCAACUCUGUACUAGAUGUUGAGAUGGUGCUGGAAAUGAUGCCUACUAUAACAAUUGAAGUUACAUGCGAGACUGAAGGUGAAGAGGGUAUACAAGAGGGUGACAUUGUCACGGUCCAUGCUUGGAUAACACUCAAACGUGUUAACGGCCUGAUAGGUGCACUUCCCCAUGCCCCUUAUUACCCAUUUCACAAGGAAGAGAACUUCUGGUUUUUGCUUGCAGACCCUGUUUCAAAUAACGUGUGGUUUUACCAGAAGGUUAGUUUUAUGGAUGAAGCUGCGGCUAUAACUGCCUCUUCAAAAUCAAUUGAGGAGACAAUGGAGGGAUCGGGAGCAAAUGUAAGGGAGAUCAGUGUGGCUGUAAAAGAUGCAGUUGAGAAGGUGAAAGCUGGGUCUAGAUUGGUGAUGGGAAAGUUCCAAGCCCCAGCAGAGGGGAAUUACAAUUUGACUUGUUACUGCUUGUGUGAUACAUGGAUCGGCUGUGACAAAAGGACCAACUUGAAACUGAAGAUUUUGAAACGGACUAGGGCUGGCACCCGAGGUGGCCUCGUUGCAGAAGAGGGACCCAUCUUGGAGGAAGGAAUUGAAGAAGAAGAAGAGAAUGAAGAAGAGGAAUAUGAAGAUUAUGAGAGUGAGUACAGUGAAGAUGAGGCAGAUGGACAAGAUACUAAAAUGAAAGGCCCUGCUGCCAAUGGUACGGUGAAUAAAGGAGGCUUGAGCUCAGAAGGUUCAGGCACAGAUGAAGAGUGAAAUACAAUUCUACUUAUUAAUAGUUGAAAGUUAAACCAUAAACUUUUUUGUAGCUACUUUGAUCAGUGGAAGAACAUAACAAUCUUCACGGUGAGUCACUUAUAUGCGCUAGCUCUCGUCUUUUAUCUUGACCAAGUUUCCUCCUAUA